CCAAAGUCAUUCCCGUUUCGGUGCUUUGUUCUCACUUCCUCUUCUUCCUGGCAUUUGAUUCCAAAGUCAUUCCUCUUUCCUUUCUCCUUCUCUGUUGGUUGUCUUCAAGCCUCGGUUGUGAUUUUGCUGCUGCAUUUGGAUCACCGGAGACAAGCGUUGCGGCUGACCAUCGUUACCGCCACUGCUGCAUUUUGUUUUUCAUCCCUUGGUGGUGGGAAACCCAAACAGAGUGAGUAUGGGUCCCGACGGCAUGGUAGCCGCGGCGGAAGCCCUAGCGGCGUCCGGUCGGAGCGCGGAGAAGCUGAGUCUUUCGUCACUGCAAUCGAAAAUGAAGUGCGAUCCCGAAGGCUACGAAUCGGAGCUACAUCUUAUCUAUAACCAAUUCAAUUCCUCCCUCGAACUCUUUCAGAAACAAGCCGCUAUGAGCUUCACCUCCGUCACCGGCAUCGGCAGCGACCCCACUGUAGCCAAAGACCUUGGCGACAGGGCCAUGUUCCUCUCCCACGUCACUCCUUUUUACCCAAAACACCUCGCCGAUUUCCCUCGCAAACUCGCCGACUUGCUUCGCUGCGCGGCGCGCACGUUGCCUUCUGGACUUCGUUGCCACCUCACUCACGCGCUCAUCCUCCUCGCUAAUAGAAAGGUUGUUGAUGUUGGAGAAACGCUGUCGUUGUUCAUGGAACUUCAAACCUUAGGUGACAGGACGCUGAAGAAGCUGGCAUUUGAUCAUGUUGUUCAUAGUAUAAGGCGCAUGAACCAAAAGCACAAGAACGAAGCCAAGAACCGCGCGCUUCAGAAUGUCUUGUUUGGAUUGCUUCAGAAAGAGGAGGAAGAGUCGGCCAAGAGGGCGCUUGUGACCCUAUGUGAGCUUCACAGGAGAAAAGUGUGGUUUGAUGAAAGAACAGCAAAUGCAAUUUGCACUGCUUCCUUCCAUCCAUCGUCGAGGAUUAUGAUAGCAGCUUUAUCAUUUCUGCUUGAUUACGAGAAGAUUCAAGAUGAUGAUGAUAGUGAUGAUUCAGGCAGUGACGAUGAAACAAAUGAAUCUCCUCAAGUUGUUCUCAACAGGGAGACCCUUUAUAAGGCAAGCCACCAAGGUACAGCAGCGAGCAAAAAGAAAAAGAAAGCAAAACUACAACGGGCCAUACGCAGCAUGAAAAAGCAGCAGCGCAUGUCAUCUGAAAGGACUAAUAACAGUUAUUAUUCACCACUUAACCAUCUUAAAGAUGCUCAGGGUUUUGCUGAGAAGCUGUUCUCACGUCUUAAGAACUGUAACGAGCGAUUUGAGGUUAAGAUGAUGAUCCUGAAAUUGAUUGCUCGAACAAUUGGACUUCACCGGUUAUUUGUGCUAGACUUCUAUCCUUUUCUUCAGAAAUAUAUUCAGCCACAUCAACGAGACAUAACAAAUUUGCUUGCAGCAGUUGUUCAGGCUUGCCAUGACAUGGUCCCUCCUGAUGCUGUUGAGCCCUUGUUCAAACAAAUAGUAAAUCAAUUUGUACAUGACCGAUCGCGUCCAGAGGCUAUUACUGUUGGACUAAAUGCAGUGAGGGAGAUAUGCAUGCGCAUGCCAUUGUUAAUGAAUGAAGACUUGUUACAAGACCUUGCACUAUAUAAGAAGUCCCGUGAGAAGGCAGUUUCAGUGGCAGCUCGGUCUCUUAUUGGGUUAUUCAGAGAGCUUUGCCCCUCACUGCUAGUUAAGAAGGACCGUGGACGGCCUAUUGACCCAAAGGCAAGACCAAAGGCAUAUGGAGAAGUUACUGUUGCGACUGAUGUUUCUGGUGUUGAGUUAUUGCAGACUGUUGACAACGAUGAGCAGGAUGGUGAUCAUUCUGAUGAUUCUGCAUGCAGUGAUUCAGACAAUGACCAGCAAAAUGAUCCGAUGAGUAUUAAUGAUGGUGAUGAUGAUGAUCAUGAUGAUGAUGAUGAGAGCCAGUUGUGCAGUGAUUACACUGAAAGUGAUGAUGAUGAAGCCAAAGGUAACGAUGCUAUAUCAGAAGAUGAAGAUGAGAGUUAUGAUUUUGAAGCUGGUGACAGUGCUGGUGACAGUGAUACUGAUGAAGAUGUUGACGAUAAGGGGGAUGGCAAUGAUGAAGAGGAUGGUGAUGUUUCAGAUCAUGAAGAAGAUGGUGAACAUGGUUAUUUAAGUGAUGGCGGCAAUGUGGAGACUAAAAGUAAAUUGAAAGACUCAGCCAAAAAGAGGAAGUUUACUGAUUUUGAUGGUCGAAUUAUUGCUGCUGAUACAAGUCUUCGGGCUCUGAAGAAAUUGGCGGGGGCAAAAGUGGGGGAUGUCCUACCAGAAUCUCAAGAUGGAAUUCUUUCUAAUGAAGACUUCCAAAGAAUAAAAAAAUUAAAGGCAAAAAGAGAAGCAAAAAAUGCAUUGGCUCAGCAGGGGUUAGCGAAGUCAUCAGGAAUUAAAGUUCCAACUUCUGAUCAACUAAGUCUAAAGCGAGUGGAUGGUGCAAUGUUGGAAGUUCAUGUAAGGAAAAAGAUGAGCAAAGAUGAAAGGUUGGCAUUGGUUAGAGCAGGGAGGGAGGAAAGAGGAAAAUAUCAUGCUCGAACUGCUGUAAAACAGAAUAAGACGGGUGGCCUAAGCAACCGACAAAAGGAGCACAAGAAGAAAAUGCCCUUGGCUGCAAAGAGAGAUAAGGUAUCAAGAACCCGGAUAGAGAAAAAGAAAAAAAAUCAGCGAUCUGGCAAACAGUUCCGUGGAAGGAAAGCGUGGAAGCAAUAGAUAUGGUGUCAUACAAUGAACUGAAAUUUUGUUUUGUGAUGAACCCGUUCGAGUCUUUAUUUUAUUUUUUGUUUUCGAACCUCA